UAUUCCACUCCACUGCCCUCCCCUUCAGCACACUCCCAAAUUACAACCGUGGAAUGAAGCUGGGACUCUUUGCUGUGCAGAACGUUGGUAUUUUCCCCAACUAAGAGCAUCGGAAAAAUUCCUUCUCUGGGCUUGCAUCAUGGAGGCUGUCAGUCAACAAAUUUUGUGGAAAGAUAUCGAGACUGGAAAAGAGAAGAAGGCUAAAUGUCAGUCGUACCGGUGGGCUGCGCUCGUCCUGACUCUGGUGUUGGUGGUUUUGGCUCUGGGUCUUUUUGCUCUGAUGUAUUUGUGGGGCCCCAGUCUGGGGAAGGUAUAUGAGCAUGAAUACAAAGCGGUGCUGGACGGCGUGGAGACGGACAGUGUUAUGGAGAUUGAACCUUAUCAGCGCACUGAAAUCUUUAAAAUGGGAAAUGGGAGCCAGGAGGUCGUUGAGGUGCACGACUUUCAAAACGGGAUCACUGGGAUUCGGUUUGCUGAACAUCAGAGGUGCUACAUCAGGACCCAAACGAAGAAACUACCCACAUUGGCAGAAGUGGCGACUGAAGACGGAGAGUUUCUGGUGGGUGAGAGCGAGGCCGUCGAUAUGAAGGUGGAGGACUCCCGUGUGUGGGUUCCUGCUGAGGAGCCCAUCGUUAACCCUGAAUUUCUCCUCACAUCCAAGAUCUGGGAGAUUUGCCAACAUCUGCCCAUCCACUGGAUCCAUCCCUCCCCCCUGACCGAAGCUGAGGCUCAGGAUGUGGACACACCCGACACAGAGGUCACAGGUCAGCGUUUUGCCCGAGAUGUCUUGGAUCACCCUCCCGUAAAUGACUAUCGGGAUAUUGGAAUCGAGCUGGAUAACCAACUGGACGACCGUGGCUACUGCUGCCAGUACUGUCGCCGUGGUUACCGCUUCUGCCGCCGCUACCACGAGCCCCUGGGCGGCUUCAACCCCUGGCCGUACUACUACCAAGGAGGCCGGGUCAUCUGUCAGAUUGUGAUGCCGUGCAACUGGUGGAUCGCUCGCAUGCUGGGCAGGAUCUGAGGCGGACGUCUGGAAUUGAAAUCCAUUUGUCUUUUAGUUUGUUCUUCCAUCAAAUAAAAGGAAUUCAAGCGUGAUCAAUGUAAUCUUAAAUAGCUUUUAAAAGUGUAUCCUUUUCCUCAGAUCGCCUUUAAAAAAUGCUGAAGAUAACCGCAGCAUUUUUCCUUGCUUUCAUCCUUCCUUUAGGAGUUUGCUAAAACCAUAAUGCGUGCAAUGCAAAUGUAUUUCUAAAAAUGGUGCUUCCAGAUAUAGCUAACCACAGAUAAAUAUGACACUCUGUUUCUUUAUUGCUUAUUGAUUUCAAGUUUGAAAGCUUCAGUUUGGAGCUUGAUUCUCUUGAUGUCUUUUGCCACCGAGCUAUGCAUCACAAGUAUAUAAAAAACACUGAAUAGUUUGUUUGUUUUUUACAAAGAGGAACUCUGUUCUUUUGUAGCAUCUUCUUAACUAAAUAAUCCUCAAUUUUUAGCAUUUUUGGGCAUACAAUGACAGGAUUAAGUUGUUCCUAAUAAACUGUCAAACAAUUUCCAAGUUUACAACUUUACAUACUAAAGUCCCACUCCUAUCAUCUUUUGAUAUAUUUUAAAAGCCCAGUGGUUUUUUUUUAUCUGAAUCAUGCCGUUUUCAGCCAGUACUGUCGCUGUGGUGUUUGCUUCUGCCACCACAAUCAUGAGCCCCUCAAAAAAAAAGAGGCUCAAAAAACUUCUGUCUCUUUUGUAGGACAUAGUUUCUGCAGAGCAGCAGUAGUUCAUUAGAAUUAUGUCUCUGAGUUGUGGGAUGUUGGGAUCUCUGAGUUGUGGGAUGGGAAGCCCAUCCCCACUUCCCGUCACCCAUCAUGUUGACACGCUUUCCAGCUGGCUUACAGCCCCUCACAACCCCAACCAAACAACAAACAGAUGCUGAGGAAAACAAAGACGUUCAUGGAUCUAGUCGUCUGCCAAUGAAUGCAUCAGAAUGGAGCGGAGCAGGGAGCUCGUGGCCCACCGAUGGUAGUUUGUGCGUAACAACUACAGGCUUUUUCAAAUGACAUCUUGAUUUACAAUAAUUUGAAUACAGAAAUACUUAGAAAUGCAAUUUUAAUAUUCAUGUUCUUUAUAUGCGUCAUCAGAAAAAUGCCGGAGGAAAAGGUUAAAAACACCAAAAACAACAUUUUCAAGAUCAUGUUCAGUUUAUAAAGGCUUCAAUGUUUUUUCUUUCCACUGUUGUCGCAUGUGCACAUGAUCCCACUUUUUAUUGUUUCUUUUGAAAAUUUCAGAAAGACUUCAUCUGGAUUAUAGUCUGAGUUAGCAAGUGAAUGAGGUUUCUUUGUCAUAUGCAUAUACAUAAUAUUGUUAUCGCAGCAAUAUACAAACCUACCUUCGUUAGUGGUGUGCUGCACUAAAUAGAAAGCUGGAAUAAAAAUGGAUGUUUUUCUUGUAAAUUUGAUGACAAAGUCUAAAAAAUUCACGUCUGACUCCUUUCUUCAUGUUUUUUUGGCAUCGUGUUCAAAAUAAGGAUGUAUAAUUAAAGAAGCAGAGACCUCAGCUGUCUAUUGUGAUCUUCCUAAUGAUGUGUUAUCCUCCUCUGUUUAACUCGCCCCUGUUGCAAUUUGCAAACCGCUUAAAAUAGCGCCACUGUUCAAGCAAUUUAUUCCUGACUGAGGCCAUCCUGAUCUGUAAGAAGGCACCCAAGCCUCGGCGCGCCGCGCUGAAAUAAUUCUCAUCUGCAACCAACAAAUAAGCAAGUGAGAUAUGCAUUUGUAAUUGAUGUUCUGUCAUAACAUGAGCAUAAAUGCACCAGAGCUUUCCAGCUAUAUGAGAACACUUUAGACAGGAAGACAAAAAUGGGGCACUGUUGCUGUGACAGUUUGAAGUUUAAUGAACGACUUUUCUUGUUUUUCCAAAUUAAACUUUUAUUCCAAGAAUAA